AUGGAGCUGGCGUUGAAUUCGGGCAUGUACCACGAGAAGCAGCAGCGAGAAUUGUGCGCCCUGCAUGCACUGAACAACUUAUUUCAAGACAAAUCGUCCUUCAGCAAAUCACAACUGGAUCAAAUUUGCCAGAAUCUAUCUCCAAAUGAGUAUAUCAAUCCUCACAGGUCCAUCCUUGGGCUUGGAAACUACGAUGUGAAUGUUAUCAUUGCUGCUUUGCAAAUGAAAGAGUGUGAAGCUAUCUGGUUCGAUAAGCGAAAAGAUCCAUCACGCAUCGAUACAUCGAAAAUAGUUGGCUUUAUAUUGAACGUUCCGAGUAAUUACAAGGUGGGGUUUGUAAAGCUACCGAUUCAGCGCAGGCAUUGGAUUGCCAUACGGCAAAUCAACAAAGAAUAUUGGAACCUGGACUCCAAACUAGACGUCCCUCAAUGUUUAGGAGAUGAAUCAAGCAUGCUACAGUACCUACGAGAGCAACUUCAAAGCAAUGAUAAAGAGUUAUUUGUGGUGUGCACAGGCGAGGUGGAUAAAUCACAACAAUGGCUCCUGCCAGAUAAUGAACAACGGUGAAGGAAAUACGGGAAAUAGAAUUAAAUAUCGUUAACACAUUCGUUUGUUCAAUCCAUCCGAUGGUAUUCAAACGAGUCUUGGGGGAUAUAAAUAUCCUCGCUACACCUUGGGUAAGUGAGGCCCGGAUAAUCGAGUAAAAUUAACGCUCUGGGGAGAUCUGCUGCGAAUCGACGUUCAAAAAAUACUUUUCUGUUGAU